UUUUUAGGUUAUGAUUGAACAUAAUUUUCCCGAAAUUUACAAAAUCAAUUAUCUUUACACUAAUUCAAUAGAAAUUUGAAAUGUUUCUCAGAAAAUUCAGACGACAUACUAAUAUCCUUCGAAUCACUAAAGAUAGUAAUUCCUUUCGUUUCUUUGCUGGCAGUUCAUCUUCGGCAGAAGUUGAUGUCUCUUUUUCGAACGGAAAAAAUAUAAGAAUUUCAACUGGUCAAUAUGCUAGAUUAGCAGACGGUUGUGCUGUUGCCACUCUUGGUGAUACAUCAGUGAUGGUAACGGCAGUGUCCAAAUCCAAACCAUCUCAAAGUAAUUUUCUUCCACUAGUCGUAGAUUACCGACAAAAGUCUGCUGCUGCUGGAAGAAUACCAACAAACUUUUUUCGCAGAGAAUUAGGACCUUCUGAAAAAGAAAUAUUAACCUCAAGGCUCAUAGAUAGGAGUUUGAGGCCACUGUUUCCUGAAAAUUUUAAUUGUGAAACACAAAUCAUUUGCAAUAUGCUUGCAAUUGAUGGAGUGAAUAACCCUGAUAUUCUGUCAAUUAAUGCUGCUUCAGCUGCACUGGCUAUAAGUGACAUACCUUGGAAUGGGCCUAUCGGGGCUGUUAGGUUAGGUUUUUUAGAUAAUGAGAUAUUAGUUAAUCCUACGAGAAAACAGUUACAACAUUCUGAUUUAAAUUUGAUUGUAUCUGCUACAAAGAGGAAUUUAGUGGUAAUGUUAGAAGGCAAUGCAAACAAUAUUUUGAUGCAGGAUUUAUUAAAAGCUAUAAAGACUGGUACUAAAGAAGCCCAGCAUGUUGUUAAUUCUAUUGAGAAGCUGCAAAAACAAUAUGGUAAACCUAAAAGAGAGUUAGAAGCAAAGCCAGGAGUAUCUGAAGAAGUUGUAGAAGCUCUUCAGUCAUUAUCAGAAAUGAGAGUAAAAGAAGUGUUACAAAAUUUUUCUUUAGAUAAACUACAAAGAGAUGUAGCUCUAACAGAGAUCAGGCAGGACGUUCUGGAGAAAGUCAAGGUCAAUUUUCCUGAUCUUGAUCCUUCUUUAAUAGGGGAUGCAUAUAAUAAUCUAAUAGUCAAGAAAAUGUUUCGUGACUUGAUAUUCAAAACUGAUAUCAGGUGUGAUGGUAGAAAAUUGGAUGAAUUACGAAAAAUUGAGUGUCAGGUGGAUUUAUAUAAACCAUUACAUGGAAGUGCAAUGUUUAGAAGAGGACAAACACAAGUAUUUUGCACAGUUACCCUUGAUUCUUCAGAUAGCGCUCUUAAACUGGAUACUCUAUCAAUGUUAACUAGCGGAGUGAAGGAAAAAAAUUUCUUUCUUCAUUAUGAAUUUCCUCCAUUUGCCACCAAUGAAGUUGGAAGGGUAGGACCUAUAGGACGAAGGGAAAUGGGACACGGUGCUUUGGCUGAAAAAGGACUUGCACCAAUUUUACCAGAUGAUUUUCCUUUCACUGUCAGACUCACCUCUGAAGUUCUUGAGUCAAAUGGAUCUAGCUCCAUGGCUAGUGUUUGUGGUGGAAGCUUAGCACUUAUGGAUGCUGGAGUACCAGUAACGACUCCUGCAGCUGGUGUAGCUAUUGGAUUAGUGACAAAGUACAAUAAAGAUAAUAAGGAAAUUGAGGAUUAUCGCUUACUCACUGAUUUACUAGGUAUUGAGGAUUACAUGGGAGAUAUGGAUUUCAAAAUAGCUGGAACAAAAAAAGGAAUUACUGCCCUUCAAGCUGACAUUAAAAUACCGGGCCUUCCUCUAAAAAUUGUUAUGGAAUCGAUACAAAAAGCUACAGAUGCUAAGACGAAAAUAUUACAAAUUAUGAAUGACACUAUGGCUGCCCCAAGAUCAGAAAAAAAAGGGAAUUGGCCUGUUUCUGAACAGAUGGAGGUUGAGCCACAUAAGAGAGCGAAAUUAAUUGGAGUAGGAGGAGUGAACAUGAAGAAAUUGUUUGUAGAAACAGGUGUUCAGGUGAAUUACUUAGAGGAUAACAAAUUUGAAAUUUUUGCGCCUAGUGAAAGCGCGAUGGAAGAGGCCAAAGAAAUAAUCACGAAACUUCUGAAUACAGAAAAAGCACCAGAAUUAGAAUUUGGUGGAAUUUAUCCAGCUACGAUAGUUGAAAUCAGGGAUAUUGGGGUAAUGGUGAAGUUAUACCCUGAAAUGCCUCCUGCACUUUUACAUAAUUCACAGCUCGAUCAGAGAAAGGUCGCCCAUCCUACAGCUCUAGAUUUGAAAGUUGGGCAGGAGAUACAGGUCAAAUACUUUGGAAGAGAUCCGGUGUCUGGCCUUAUGAGACUGUCGAGAAAAGUUCUACAAGCUACACCCAAAUAAAAAUCGGUUGUUAUUUAUUGUAUAUACUAUGUUCUUAUUUGUAUACACUAUUAAAUUUACUAUAAUAUU